UCGUCGUGUAUUUCCCCUUCUCUAUAGUAGGGUUUAUGCCCAUAACUAUUCCAAAAGGAAAAAAGAAAACCUCCCCCAAUUCGAAUCCCAAAAUCGCCGCGGAAGCUUCUGGAAGGUUCGCUUCGGCGUUCGGCGGCGGGGCAUCGAUGGAGGCCGUGCAGCUGACGCCGGGCGCGGUCCAGGCCAUCGCGGACGGGAUGGGGCCGUCGGCGAUCCAGCCGGUGCUGCAGGUGGCGGAGGUGCGCCCCAUCACCUCCACCAAGCGCGGCCCUGCCGGCGCGAAACCCGACCCCAACUCCUCGGAGCGGUUCCGCAUGAUGCUCUCCGACGGCGUCCACGCGCAGCAGGCCAUGCUCGCCACCGCCUACAACCCCCUCGUCAGGGACGGCACCCUCCGCGUGGGCACCAUCGUCCACCUCAACGAGUUCAUAUGCAACACCAUCCAGGGUAAAAGGAUCAUUAUUGUUGUGAAACUUGAAAUUCUGCAAGGUGAAUGCGCCACAAUCGGAAGCCCCAAAAACUACGAGGCGCAAAGUCUAACUAAGGUACAAGAGCCUAACUUGCAGGGCAGUGCUGCUCAAAGUAAUAGUGGAAUCUAUUCUGGUGGUCCAGGCACGAUGGGGUCUUCUGUUGCUCCAAGGGCAGAGAAGGCUUCUAAUGAUCGAUCAUAUGAUGGGCCCUAUAAUGGUGAUCAAGGCAUGGUGGGUUCUUCUAUUGGCCGGACAGUAGAACCUGGUCAUAAAAAUGUGUUUACUGGUGGAUCUUAUGGUACAAUGUUGGCACAAAACACAGUAAAUGCAGACAUGGUGCUGCCAAGAUCUCAGCAGCAUUCACUGAACUAUCAUCAAAACCAAAGGUUUGCAGUUCCUGCCACAGGUGGUGGCUUGGCCCCUCCUGGCAAUACUUAUGAGUGCCCUGCGCAGUCUUCAUAUCAGCAGCCGCCUCCAGUGUAUAUCAAUAGAGGCCCUGUUGCUAGGAAUGAAUCAACAACCCAUAUCACCCCAAUUACAGCAUUGAAUCUGUACCAGAGUAGGUGGACCAUCAAGGCUAGGGUGACUGCAAAGACUGAUGUCAGGCACUGGAACAAGGCCAACGGUGCAGGCAAAGUUUUCUCUUUUGAUCUCCUUGAUGCAGAAGGUGGAGAAAUUCGUGCAACAUGCUUUAAAGAAGCGGUUGACCAGUUUUAUGACCUAAUUGAGGUUGAUAAGGUGUACUUGAUAUCUAGAGGAAAUGUGAGACCUGCACAGAAGAGGUUUAACCCUUUGAACAAUGAUUGCGAAGUAACUCUGGAUGCCUCAAUAUCAUCUGUAGAGAUUUGUCCUAGUGAUGAUUACAGCAUCCCUAGGCAGCAGUACAAUUUCCGGCAGAUCAGUGAAAUAGAGAACAUGGAUAAUGAUACCCUGGUAGAUCUACUUGGUGUUGUUACAUCAAUUGGCCCUUCUAGUACAAUAAUGAGGAAGAGUGGCACCGAAACCCAGAAAAGAACUCUUCAACUGAAGGACAUGUCUGGUCGGAGCGUGGAAGUAACCUUUUGGGGAAACUUCUGUGGUGUUGAAGGUCAGCAGCUGCAGUUGCAGUGUGAUUCUGGUUUGAAUCCGAUACUUGCUUUGAGAGGUGCCCGUGUCAAUGAUUUCAGUGGCAGAUCAGUGAGCACAAUCAGUAUAACCCAGUUAAGAAUAAACCCAGACUUUCCUGAUGCAGAAAGGCUGAGACAGUGGUACAUAAUUGAAGGAAAAACUGCUGCAUGUGUUUCUUUAUCUCGGGAAAUGUCUAAUAAGGGCCGGGUUGAUGUCCGCAAAACGAUUGCACAGAUCAAGGCUGAAAACUUGGGACGAUCAGAUAAGCCAGACUGGAUCACUAUUAAGGCUGCAAUUUCAGAAGUACGGAGUGAGAGCUUUUAUUAUCCAGCUUGCCCCUUGAUGUUUAAUGAGAAGCCAUGUAACAAAAAGGCCAUACAGAAUAGUGAUGGGAUGUGGCAUUGUGAAAGAUGUGAUAAGAGCUUUGAAAACUGUGAGUAUAGGUACUUGGUUACAUUUCAAAUCCAAGAUCACACCAGUACUACCUAUGUUACUGCAUUCCAGGAGGCCGCUGAGCAGAUAUUUGGCCACUCGGCUCAAGAAAUUUUCUCGAUAAGAACUGUCAACCAAGAUGAUGCACUAUUCGCAGAGAUCAUAGAAGGGGUCCGUUGGCAUCAAUAUCUAUUCAAAUUGAGAGUCAGGGAGGAAACCUUCAACGAUGAGCAGCGUGUAAAAUGCAGCAUUGUUAAAGCUGAAAAACUGGAUCCAUCGGAAGAGAGUAGAAUCCUUCUUGGUGUGAUUGACAGCCUUUUUCUGGAUGGGUUAGGCUCAAGCCCAGGGGUACAAGGUGCUGUUACCCCUAAUGCAGGUUUCACCAAUUCGCAAGGCGGUUACAAUGUGCUUACCUCCAACAAUGCCUAUGCCAUGAAUAUGGGUGGUGCAAAUCAGUUUGGACAGGAAGGAAUCAUAGGUGGUGGGAUGUCAACUCCACUGUCAGUGACACGAAAUGUACAGACUUGCAGUGCUUGUGGAUCCAGUGGGCACAAUGCACAGAACUGCCGUUCCGGUAUGGAUAGGCAGCAACCAUCUUCAGGUGGAGGCUUCACAGGCAUUAACUAUGGCUCUCCUGCUGGCAACGGCCGCUCGGAUGUGUGUUUCAAAUGUAAUCAGCCUGGGCACUGGUCUAGAGACUGUCCAGGGCAGGCUACCGGCCCCCAGCACCAGGCAUAUGGGAAUAGUGGUGCAUCAGGAGGCUUCACAGGUGGUAACUAUGGCGCUACUGCUGGCAACGCCAGGUUAGAUUUGUGUUUCAAGUGCAAUCAGCCUGGGCACUGGUCUAGAGACUGUCCAGGGCAGGCUACCGACCCCCAGCACCAGGCAUAUGGGAAUAGUGGUGCAUCAGGAGGCUUCACAGGUGGUAACUAUGGCGCUACUGCUGGCAACGCCAGGUUAGAUUUGUGUUUCAAGUGCAAUCAGCCUGGGCACUGGUCUAGAGACUGUCCAGGGCAGUCUACUGGCCCCCGGCACCAAACGUAUGGGCAAUCCUUUGUUGGGCGCUAAUAAAGUAUUUUGCCAACCUGGCAGCAUCCUGCAUUUUGUUAUAUGUUCACUGGGUGAAGUACCUGGGUCUGCACCUUGUAUUGCUACUUUAAAUAUAUAUUUGCGUUCUGUCAUUUUGUAGCGUCUAUUUUUCUUCAUGCCUGGUUGGUCUGCUUACACUGUUAGAUGGGGAUGCCGUCAUGUUGGGGUCUGAAUUGAAAGAAUCAGAUGCGCAACGGUGCUCUGCUUGGUUUAUGCGUUGCCAUUUGCCAAGGACUGGAUGGUAUGGAGCUGCAAUUUUUCCUAGUCUGGAGAUAUUUGCAUUACUUGGUUGUCACUUGUCAGAAGCUAGCUUAGGCCUUAGGAUUCAUCAGAUGUAAAGAUCAAACGAUGAUGGUAUCUCGUAGUCGUACAGGAUGAGAUGCAGAGGCGCCAGGCACACAUUUUGGUUUUGUGGUGUAGUUUUUGCCGCCAAUUGCCCCACGCAAAAAGAAGUAAUCCCCAUAUAUACUGUAGCACUGAAAUUCAAGUACUAUCAGCUUACUUUAUCAAAAGUUCUGCUGAAAGGGAAACUGAAUCCAAGAUCUAGAAUAACGUUAUU